CCCGGCCGCUGUGUGUUGCCCGCCCAAGAUGGAGUUCCUCCUGGGGAACCCGUUCAGCACCCCUGUGGGACAGUGUCUCGUUUUGUUGAUAGGAAAGCCACGCAGAUAAAGGAAUUGUCUGUCUGUGGUCAUCUGAAGGAAGAGUGAAGACAUGAAUGGCACUUUUAGACUAUACUUCCUGCAGCUCAUAGAGACCUCUGGAACUUGUUGUUCGAUGGUUUUCCAUCUAUCAUGUGAAGAACAGAAUUGCCAAGUUGGACUGUGAACUCCAGGUGUGGAAAGAGAAGGCAAAAAGGCAACAGAUGGCUCCCUGCAGAGUGAAGACUGGACAUUGAACAUGGAGAUCUGUGACAUCAUCAAUGAGACAGAAGAAGGGCCAAAGGAUGCUAUUCGAGCUCUGAAGAAGAGGCUUAGUGGGAAUCGGAACUACAGAGAGGUGAUGCUGGCACUGACGGUGCUGGAGACAUGUGUAAAGAACUGUGGCCACCGCUUCCAUAUCCUUGUGGCCAACCGAGACUUCAUUGACAGUGUUCUGGUCAAAAUCAUCUCUCCUAAGAACAACCCUCCCACCAUUGUACAGGACAAAGUGCUUGCUCUGAUCCAGGCAUGGGCUGAUGCCUUUCGGAGCAGUCCUGAUCUCACCGGUGUUGUGCACAUAUAUGAGGAGCUGAAGAGGAAGGGGAUUGAAUUUCCCAUGGCAGACUUGGAUGCUUUAUCCCCCAUCCACACACCCCAGCGGAGUGUCCCGGAAGUGGAUCCAGCUGCAACCAUGCCCAGGUCCCAGUCACAGCACAGGACAAGUACCAGCUCCUAUUCCUCACCGCUUCCUGCUUCCUACACCGCUCCACAGGCCCCAGCUCUGAAUGUGACUGGUCCCAUCACAGCCAAUUCAGAACAGAUUGCCAGGCUGCGGAGUGAGCUGGAUGUUGUUCGGGGAAACACAAAAGUCAUGUCUGAGAUGUUAACAGAAAUGGUCCCUGGACAGGAGGAUUCAUCUGAUCUGGAGCUGCUGCAGGAGCUAAACAGGACCUGCCGGGCCAUGCAGCACCGCAUCGUAGAGCUCAUCUCCCGCGUGUCCAAUGAGGAGGUCACUGAGGAAUUACUGCACGUCAAUGACGACCUCAACAAUGUCUUCCUCCGCUAUGAGAGGUUUGAGCGGUACAGGUCGGGCCGAUCAGUUCAGAACACCAGCAAUGGAGUACUAAAUGAAGUUACUGAAGACAACUUAAUAGACCUGGGUCCUGGCUCUCCUGCUGUGGUGAGCCCCAUGGUGGGGAGCACAGCACCCCCAUCUUCCCUUUCCUCUCAGCUCGCAGGCUUAGACUUGGGGACAGAGAGCGUCAGUGGCACCCUUAGUUCACUCCAACAGUGCAAUCCUCGUGAUGGCUUUGACAUGUUUGCCCAGACCAGAGGGAACUCCUUGGCAGAGCAGCGUAAGACGGUUACCUACGAGGAUCCCCAGGCUGUUGGAGGACUCGCUUCUGCAUUAGACAGUCGGAAACAGAACUCGGAAGUGCAGAGAGGGAAAGGUGGGGACUCUGACCUGGAGCCCAUAGACAGCUGGCUCAUGUCCCAAGGAAUGAUCCCCGUUUCGCAGCCCUCUGUCAUGGACGACAUUGAGGUGUGGCUCAGGACGGACCUGAAGGGUGAUGACCUGGAAGAGGGUGUCACAAGUGAAGAAUUUGAUAAGUUCCUGGAAGAAAGAGCCAAAGCUGCUGAAAUGGUUCCUGACCUUCCCUCGCCCCCUGUGGAAGCCCCUGCGCCAGCCUCCAACUCUUCUGGUCGGAAGAAGCCAGAGCGGUCCGAGGAUGCCCUCUUUGCCCUGUGAGCUGUUCUGUGGUUUGCCUCCCUUGAAGGCAGGUCACUGCUGGUUCCCCGAGUGGACACGGGCACUGGCCACUGCUCCCCAGCCCCUCGGCCUGCGCACCUGUGUCUCCAUGGAAACACCACUGUGUUUGCUCCCAGACCUCUCCUAGUCAGGACCAGCUUUCGUCACCUUCUUUUCUCUGGGCGGUGGGACAGUGGCAGUGCAGACAGAGGCCCCUCCUUCCCCUACCCCCAUGGGCUCCUUUGGCCUUGGCCAGGAAGAGCCAGUGGCCCAGCCCCAAGAAGGGCAUCCCCCUUGAUAAUCCUGAGCAGAGUAUCUGAACUGUCCCCUUCAUCUCCAGUAGAGAUGGGUCAGGCUCCAGCCCUGCCACAGGUGCCCACCUCCUCCUGGCUCAGUGGCUUUCCUCAGGCAUGCUGCUCCCCUGUGCUCCUCUCUUCCAGAAAGGGCUUGGUGUCACAUCUCUGGAAGAGCAAGGCUCAGUUGUGCCCAUAAGCUUAGUCUCCCUCCUUGGACUGGGUGUCACCUUGUGACACACUGUAUUGGCACUUUAGAGGGCUCUGUGGGUUGCCAGCUCCUUCCUCAUGCCUGUGCUAGUCAGUAGCUAAGUCUGGGCCCAAAGGUCCCAGAAGGACCUUCGGCUCUUGAUGUAGAGACAGCCAAGGGCAGUUGGGAGGCAGCCUGCAACCUGUAAACUCCAGCCACAUGGCAUGCUGAGUAGCUAGCUCUACUACAAACUAACUGGCCCCCAUGGAUACCAUACACAUAACCCCACACCUGACCCUGGUGUUGGAGAAGAUUGUGUGAGAGGCAUGGCUCUGGCAUACAUGGGAAGAUGACGUGCGUUUGCUGCAGAUGUACCAUGCCCAUACCACUGGCCUGGUCUGUAGCAGCCCCCAUUCCCAGGCCCUGCAGCAGACAACUCUAUACCAUGAUGGAGGUUCCAAAUGACUGAGUGGCUAGAGUGGCUCGAGGUUCCUGUUACCCCUCCCCCCUCCCCCCCCCCAGGGGCUUCAGCUUCCUUCCCAGCUUUCCUGAAAGAAUGAUCCCUCCCACCUCAUAUGUCCCCCAGCCCUCACUUUCCAUUUGAAGGCCAUAGCCUAAGGCUAAGUAGAUGGGGGCUGGUGACACCUGCUCCUGUUCUGUAUCCUGGCUGGUGUCUUUUUGACCCUAGGCAAGGGACUCAUAGCAUUGGCCAUGUCCUGGUCCAGCUGACAGCCCCUUCUUUCCCUAAGCUGCCAGUACCCAGAAAACAAAAAUGCUGCUGCUGUAGCAGCCACUCCUGAGUCUCUGGGCCUGCUUGCUGUCCCCUCUGGUACUCACUUCCCCGGGUACCACAUGUUCCCCACCCAUGAUGAGAUCAGCCUGCCCCCCCCCCCAUCACUGCCAGAGCUCAAUCCCAUCAGAGAGAGGAGGCCAGGCUUUGAGGGCCAAGAGACCAGUGCAGCACUUUAUGAAGCUCUUAUAACCAGGAAUGCAGUGAGGGCUGAGGGCAGGAAUGGUCCUGCCCCAGGACUCCAUGCCAUCUGGGACUCCUCCAGCAGCCUCUAGAAGGGAAACCUGCAUACUGGGCCCAUCUAGCAGGACCAGUAGGGGAUAUCAUACUCAAACUGCAGAGGAUACCCAGGAAGCACCUCCCCACGUUCAGCCAGCCUGCUUCCUGUCCAGUCCUCCGAGCAUCUGCCACACCUCCAGCUCUUGGCCGACCCAGGCCCCUCUCUCAGCGCCUCUCAAGGGCAGAGCCCCUGAGGCCAGCAUGGCUGUUAAGACCUGUGAUGGGAGCUGGUUGGGUCAAGCUGCAGAGAAGGCUGCUGGAAUGGGGGCCUACAUGCCCUGAGAGCUGGUCCUUGCAAUCUGGUGGGGUGAUCCUGUGAGGGUCAGAGCCCACUUCUGUUAGUCUGCUGGAACUGGGCCUGUAAGUGGUGGAGAGCCAGGCCAGGGUCUUCUGAGGGAAUAGGUAGCCUCCCUGCCUAUACUGCAUAGAGAAGAAGGGCAAUUCCUGCAGAAAGCAAGGCUGUGAUAGGGACCUGCCUGGAGUCAGGGGUCCCCAGCAAAGCUGGUCUUAGUACCGAGGUCUAGAGAUGUUCCCAUCCCCUGACUCCAGCUGGUUGGCAGGGCUUAGGGAAGCCUAGUUCAGGCAGCAGGUACUGGAAGUCUCCUGUGAGCUGCCAGUAGGCCAUUAGCCAUGAAGACAAGAAACUCCUGCCUUCCCGGCCUGGAACAGCCCCUCUGGUGGCUUUCACAUACCUCUGCUCACAUCCUGUCCAGAGGUAGCUGCCCUACCUGCAGGCUGAGGCCCACACCAGAAGCAAGGGCAGGCGCAGGGGCCCUGAAGGGGCUUUCCUCCUCCCUUAUGGGUUGUCCUGUCCUGAGGCCUGUGAUUCUUCCUCCUCCUCCAUGUAGGGGGCACAGCCCUCAGGCCUCCAGCUUAGUAAGGAAAGGAGCGGAGCCAGUUGGGAAAGCUGGACCCGGGUCUGUGCAAGCCAUCACCCUCCAUAAGUGUUAGAAAUCAAGAUACAGUAUGUACUUAAUUACACUAAAUUAUUGCUGGGAUUCCUCAUAAGCACUAAUUAUACCUGAUUAUAGGUUAAAAUAUUUAUUUUGUCAAAAUAUUUUCUUGGGGAUAUGUUUAACCUUUAUUUUGUUCAUUGUGUGCUGAGGUGUGAAGAGUAACCAUGUCCUCCUGCCUACCACUUUGGCCAGUUGGAAGCAACAAACAAAAGUCACUGUGUACAGUUUGACCCGGCACAGUGGCCUCUGGCCACACAGCCACAGAGUGGUCCCUGCCCAGGCCUUGUGCAGGUGGACUGUGGCUGGGCUGAGAGUGACCUGCUUGCUUCUCAAUACACAUGGGACAAGAGGGUUGCUGCUGGCCUGGGCCAGAGGGAAAUGUGGCUGUCCGUCCUGUCUUUCUGUCUGUCAGCCCCCUCUGUGUGAGUGACUGUGCCUUGGCUCACUGCCCUUCCC